AUGCGUCCCAAUACAAUGAAUAAAUAUGGUGUUGUACUUGAUGACUUUGGACUUGAAAAAAUGCUUGACAAGCUUAUGGAAGGUUUUAUUCGUCCUUUAUCCAGAGAAGUUGGUGGGGCAACCCUGGAUUCUCAUCAUGGUUUUGUUGUAGAAUAUGGUAAAGAUAGAGAUGUUGAAUUGGUUCAUUUUUUAAAGCAGGAGAUCUUUGAUUAUUCUCAUGUUCCUGGACGAGUUGUGCUUCAUUGGGGUCGUCAUCGCCAAGGUGCUAGAGCCACUACAUCCGGUAAUCGGGUCAACUUACUUUUGUGGUGCAGAAGUUCUGUCUUUAGGGAGAUGAAACAAUAUCAGAAAGAUUUCUCCAGCUGGUGUGGUGAGUGCAGCCGUGAGAAAAAGGAAAGGCAACGCUCAACAACUGCUGCUACCAAAUUGAGACAGUUGAGGCCCAUUGUGGUUACCAUUUUCCAUGGAGUCUUUCGAACUUCCUUCCAUUGUAUGGACGGUGAGUGUGAAUUUCCUUCUCCUUCACUUGACAGCAGCAAUUUGGUUGAUUCUGUUAUUGUGUCUCUUGUUUAA